AUGGUUGAGACGAGGAGGAGCAGGUUGAGGACGGAUGAUGUGGGAUCAGGGCAUAUGACAUGGUCGGCGAGGCUCAACGUGGCGAACCUUCACCAGUCGUUCCGAUGCUUCAUGGUGUUCUUUGCAUGCUACCUGCUAGUCUCGGUCGUCUUGACAUCGAUGGUGUUCUUCAAGAACUUCGACAACUUGGGCCAGCAGCUCAUGUUUGCCUCGGACCACUGCCCUCGUCUGCUCCCCAGCAAGAGGAUUCUUCUAUGCUCCAUCCUUCGCAACGCUAACCUCGUCCUUCCUGCAUGGCGCAAGUCAGUCGUGGGCCUGGCGGAGUGCGUGAAGAAGAGAGGAGGGGAGCUCCUGGUGAGCGUGUGGAGCGACAAGAACACUGAUGACGUCACGUCGCCGGAGCUUCAGAAGCUCUCGGAGCAGCUCAAGACCAUUGGGGUCAAGCAUGUCGUAGAGCACAACGGGAAAAUGCCCGAGGAGAAGCAGAAGGCCAACAGGAUCGUUCGGCUCUCCUGGGCCCGCAACCAGGCGCUUGAGCAGCUGGGCCUCGAAGUCCUUGACCAUGUCGACGCCAUUCUCUUCAUCAACGACGUGCUGUGGACGGUGAAGGACGCGAUGAAGUUGCUGCACGAGCAGAGGAAGGAGGGUUACGACGCUCUUUGCGGGUUGGACUACAUGUACAACUUCUACGAUACCUGGGUGAGUCGGUCAGACAGCCUGGGCCCGUUCUCAGGUUUCUACCCGUGGGUACACAAGUCGGAUGCGAGCCUGACCUCGCUGUCUGCUGCUGUCAACUCCAGGACCUUCCGUGUCGGCAGCUGCUGGAACGGAAUGUUUGUCGCCAACGCCGUUCCCUUCGGUAGCAAGCACAAAGUUCGCUUCAGGACGGGGCAGCAAUUCUACAGCGCCGUCCUGCUCCUGCGCUCUCCCCCCUCGGAUCCUUCUGAUGUCACCGGGGAGCUCCUGCACUUUCAUGCUGGCCGCUCGUCUCCUGUCGACGGGCCGAGGAUGUACGAGCUCGCAGCGGGAGGGAAGGACGAGGUCGGUGUGCUCUGGGCGGGGAACCUGACGCAGGUGCUGGUCGUGUCCAACGGCAGCCGAUACCUCUACUCUGAGGCAGACGGGCAGGGGCAGGUCGUGCGCCCUCGAGCUGGGGCUCCAGCUGAGUUCAGCGGUCGCCUCCUCCACCUUCGUCCGAUCAGUUACAAGGAGAUCCGAUGGCCCGAGUGUGAGCCGAGCAGCGAGUCGCUGCUGUAUGCCGUUGACUUCCACAGGCUGGGCUACUCGAAGAUGGCCGUCGACCCCAGCGUCCGCGUCUUCUACUCGUCGAUCCACGUGGUUUUCUCCUUCUUCCUCGUGUAUCCAGCUGAGGCGAUGCUGAGCUUGUACUGGCGCCUGGUUGAGCUCCUCGGGUUGACACGGCGGGUUGAACGAUGGGAGCUCCCAUACGACAAUAAGACGCUGGGCAGCACAACUUGCAUCAGGCCCGAGCCUGACUUUCCUUUCUUUCUUCUCCCUCUGCUCCCCCUGGUCCUGGUCCUCCUUCUCUUCGCCAUCGUGAUUACUCGCUGGCACUUUGGCCGCAAGGCGCAGGAGGGAAAACGUACCAACUUGGCCUACCGGAGACUAGGGUCAGCCUCUGAGCGGCAUGAAAGGGACCUCGAGAUGGCGAUCUGA